AUGACUCCCUCUCAACAUUCACAAGAUCUAGCUCACUACAUCAAAGGCCGGCUGCUAAGUUCCAGAAUGCCAUUGAUUCAUGCUCAGCCUGCUAGACCAACAUGGCUUCUUCCAUCUGGACCUCAAGUUCAAGUUGAAAAGGUCAUUAGGAUGCUUGAAGAAGCCUGGAAUCAAUCCUCCUUCCCAGAUGAAACUGACUGGGAUGUCCGAGAUUAUGUGGCCGAGUUAUCACCGAGGCAGAGUGGAAGCAAUGGGGAUUUGGAAAACAGACUCCUUACAAGAUUCCCACCGAUCUACCAGUCAACCUCGCUGGUCGACAUCCCUUGCCUCGAUAAACCUUGCCACAUAACUGACAAGGCCGGCCACAUUCUUCUGUGGUACUUCCCAAAGUUAAUCUCAGAAGAUCUUCAGACGGAGAAUCUAAGACCCAAAAAGAAAAGUAAUGGGAGUUGGUGGGAUCAGAUCCACCCCGACCAUGGUGGCAAAACGACCAGCAUAGUGGGUUUGUCACCCGGCUGGUUCUCCCAAGGACGCAAAGGUCCUGCUGAUCCACUUCGUCCUUCCUCCGAUAUUCAACAGGCCAGUAACCUCAUCUAUCUUGAAACACUCUCCUUCAUCAACGCCGUUAUCUCUGCCAUAUACUCCAUCAUUCAACCCGACCUAUAUGUAAAGGGCUACAGGGAGUCUUUCGACAUGUUGUUGACGAUCGGUCGGUACGACCAAGGUCGGUUUUACAUGCCCGGGCUUGGAUUCAGUCUUCUUUAUGACCCAGGAACUCUUGUGGGCCUGGCUGGCAAUGUCUUACCACAUGGUGUUUGUCCCGUUGUCGGUGAACACGCCUGUUUGGCUGAGCUUGGGGAGGAGAUUCCAGGUUUCUGA